AUGCUUCUCGGUCCAGCUAACGAGAAGAUCGCUGGCCCGAUUGAUGCCAUGGACCAGGAAGCUGGCGAGAUCGCCAGCGUACAUGAGCACGACGAGCUCGAUCGCUUGGGAUACAAGCAGGAGAUGCGUCGCAAUCGCUCAGUUACUACCCUGCUCUUCCAGACGCUAGCCAUAGCCGCCAUCCCUUACGGCGAGGGUAGCCCUCUACUGAGCGCCAUCUACGGCGGCGGCCAACUAUCCAUCUUCAUCGGAUGGAUCGUUGUCUGUAUCCUCGACCAGUGCAUCGCACUCUCGCUGGCCGAGCUGGCCUCUCGCUACCCUACCUCCGCCGGUCCAUACUACUGGACUUUCCAGAUCGCCCGCAGCUCCAAGGCAACCAUUUCCUUCAUCAAUGCUUGGAUCUGGCUCAUCGGAAACUGGACGAUCACCCUCUCCGUCAACUUCGGCUUUGCCUCCCUCGUCUCGGCUACUAUAUCAAUGUACCAUCCAAAUUGGAGCGCAAAUAGCUGGCAACUCCUCCUCAUCUUCUACGCCGUCUGCCUCGGCUCAUUCCUCAUCUGCACCUUUGCAAAUCGCUACCUCCCCCAGGUCGAUAUCGCCUGCGCAACUUGGACCGCUGUCACUAUCAUAGUCAUUCUCAUCGCAGUAUCCGUUAAAGCAGAUACCGGCCGCCACUCCGCCUCUUACGCCCUAUCCCACUACGACACAUCCUUCUCCGGCUGGGGCGGCUUCACCUUCUUCAUAGGCCUUCUGCCAGCUGCAUACACCUUCUCCGCCCUAGGCAUGAUCUCCUCAAUGGCCGAGGAAUGCUCAAACCCGGCUAUCAAAGUCCCCCGCGCAAUCUCCCUCGCUGUCCCUGUCGGCGGCACCGCAGGCCUGUUCUUCAUCAUCCCUCUCUGCGUCACUAUGCCCCCGCUAGAAGAUAUCAUCAACAGCCCUGGCGGCCAAGCCCUACCCUACAUCCUUCAUCGUGUAAUGGGCUCACCCGGCGGGGGUCUCGCCCUCACUUUCUUAGUUCUGGUUAUCACCCUCUUCUGUUCCAUCAGCAUCACCGUCGCCGCCUCCCGCUCUACCUGGGCCGUCGCCCGCGACGACGCAAUCCCCCUCGCCCGCAUCUGGGCAAUCGUCCACCCGGGUCUCGGCGUCCCCGUCUGGUCUCUAGCCCUAUUAACUGGAAUUCAGAUGCUACUGGGUUUAAUCAACCUGGGCAGCUCAAGCGCAUUCACGGCCUUUGUCUCCGUAGGCGUCAUUGCCCUGGCGGUAGCAUAUGCGAUGCCCAUCGCACUGAGUCUCUUCCACGGCCGUGAGGAAGUCAAAGAUGCUCCGUGGAAUUGCGGAAGCCUGGUUGGUACUGUGGCUAAUGUUAUUGCGUUAGCGUGGAUUGUGUUUGAGCUUGUGCUGUUUAGUAUGCCGACUGCUUUGCCCGUUACCUCUGUCAGCAUGAACUAUGCGUCGGUCGUGUUCGUGGCCUUUAUGGCUAUUUCGGUGCUUUGGUAUCUCGUUCAUGCGAGGAAGUCGUAUAAGGGUCCGCCGGAGUCGGAUGCCCUGGAUUGA